AUGGAGGGUGCGGGAGAGCGGGCGCCGCUGCUGGGCGCGCGGCGGGCGGCGGCCGGGGCGUUCGCAGGCCGGCGCGCGGCGUGUGGGGCCGUGCUUUUGACCGAGCUGCUGGAGCGCGCCGCCUUCUACGGCGUCACGUCCAACCUGGUGCUGUUCCUGAACGGCUCGCCCUUCGGCUGGGAGGGCGCGCAGGCCAGCCAGGCGCUGCUGCUCUUCAUGGGCCUCACCUACCUGGGCUCGCCCUUCGGCGGCUGGCUGGCCGACGCGCGGCUCGGCCGGGCGCGCGCCAUCCUUCUCAGCCUGGCGCUUUACUUGCUGGGGAUGCUGGCCUUCCCGCUGCUGGCCGCGCCCGCCGCUCGCGCCGCGCUCUGCGGGACCCCGCGCCCGACGCGGGUGCUCAACUGCUCGGCGCUGCCGGCCAACGGCAGUGACGCCUGCCCCGACGCCGCCGCCCGCCGCUGCGCGCCCGCCACCUUCGCGGGGCUGGUGCUCGUGGGCCUGGGUGUGGCCACCGUCAAGGCCAACAUCACGCCCUUUGGCGCGGACCAGGUCAAAGAUCGAGGUCCAGAGGCCACUAGGAGGUUUUUUAAUUGGUUUUAUUGGAGCAUUAACUUGGGAGCCAUCCUUUCACUAGGAGGCAUUGCCUACAUUCAGCAGAACAUGAGCUUUUUCACGGGGUACCUGAUCCCCACGGUCUGCGUUGCCAUUGCAUUCGUGGUCUUCCUCUGUGGCCAGAGUGUUUUCAUCACCAAGCCCCCCGACGGCAGCGCCUUCACGGAUAUGUUCAAGAUACUGACAUACUCGUGCUGUUCCCAGAGGCGCGGUGAGCGCCUCCGCAGCGGUGAAGGCCUUGGAGUCUUUCAGCAACCUUCUAAACAAAGUCUGUUUGAUUCAUGUAAGAUGUCUCGCGGAGGGCCGUUCACAGAGGACAGAGUGGAGGAUGUGAAAGCCCUCGUCAAGAUUGUGCCUGUGUUCGUGGCUCUGAUCCCUUACUGGACAGUGUAUUUCCAGAUGCAGACCACAUACGUUUUACAAAGUCUUCAUCUGAAGAUUCCAGAGAUCUCAAACAUCACAACCAACCCUCACACGUUCCCAGCGGCCUGGCUCACCAUGUUCGAUGCUGUGCUCAUCCUGGUGCUCAUCCCGCUCAAGGAUAAGCUGGUGGACCCCAUCCUGAAGAGGCACGGCCUGCUGCCGUCCUCCCUGAAGAGGAUCGCUGUGGGCAUGUUCUUCGUGAUGUGCUCUGCCUUCGCUGCAGGAAUCCUGGAAAGCAAAAGGCUGGACCUUGUUAAAGAGAAAACCAUCAAUCAGACCAUCGGCAAAGUGGUGUACCAUGCCGCGGACUUGCCCAUUUGGUGGCAGGUUCCACAGUAUGUGCUGAUCGGCAUCAGCGAGAUAUUUGCAAGCAUAGCAGGUCUGGAGUUCGCCUACUCGGCCGCCCCCAGGUCCAUGCAGAGUGCCAUCAUGGGCCUCUUCUUCUUCUUCUCUGGUGUCGGGUCCUUCGUGGGCUCAGGGCUGUUGGCCCUGGUGUCCCUCAAAGCCAUCGGAUGGAUGAGCAGCCACACUGACUUUGGCAACAUCAACGGCUGUCACCUGAACUACUACUUCUUCCUGCUGGCCGCUGUCCAGGGGGCCACCCUCCUGCUCUUCCUCAUCGUCUCUGUGAAGUAUGACCGGCAACGAUCCAGAGCAGAUGGGACCCCUGCCAGUGCCCGGGCCUGAUCUGAGAGCCGCUGUGGCCCUGGACUGAGUGUGGGACAGUGGGCAGGCCUGGGUGGGCUUGUGGGCUGGCCACUGGCCUUCUGUGCUCGCGUGCCGUCUACACCCUUCCCCUUCCCUCUGCCCCUCGAGCUGGUGAGUGCCUUCCUGAGCUCUGCCUCCUGGCACCCAGCU